AUGUGUAAAACAAAAUUGAUUACAUCAGUUUUGGAACGUGUUGUUCAAUCAGUUAAUUUUGGCCAAUGUUUACAAAAAGUAAUAUUUUCAAUUUUAUGAUCUUUUAAAUUUAUCAAGUAUCAAUCUAUAAAAAUAUAUGAUAAAUGUUGUUUAUUAUAUUACACAAAUUAAUUGAAUUAUAACAUUUUUGUACUUUUUUUUUUAAUAGCUCCAAAUAGUCUCAGCAGGAAAUGGAAAUUGCAAAGCACAAUUAAUUGUAUCCAAGGAGCAUUUAAACUUUGGUGGUACCAUGCAUGGUGGUUUUACAAGUACCCUUAUUGACUGUGUUUCUACAUAUGCCGUAAUGACCCAAGAAAAUAAUUCACCAGGUGUCUCAGUGGAUUUAAAUGUUACGUUUAUGAAACCUGCUCUUCCUGGUGAUUUAAUAACAAUUGAUGCUAAAACUGUACGCAGUGGAAAAACAUUAGCUUUUCUUGCAGUAGAUAUUACAAAAAAUGAGGGGAAAGAUAUAAUUGCUCAUGGAAGACACACAAAAUUUGUUGGACAAAGAUAA